AUGAAUCACAAACUUUGGCUUUUGGAAAUUAUUUCUAAGGCAGAGUGUUUAUCAAUUCAAGUUUGCUUUGUGGUAAUUUUUGCUAAAUUUAAUUCGGCUUACAAUCCUAGCUCUGAGAAUAUCCGACAAUCAGUAUACCACGUAGGCCACUUAAAUCCCAUCAACGUGAUCUCUGUGACGUACAACUUGAAUAAUGGCCAAAUUAGGAGUAAAGUUGUUAUCGGGGUUCGCUCUCGUGUCGAAUGUUCCGUCCUGUGUAGGUCUGAAGUAUCGUUUGCUUGUAAAGAAUUUAAAUAUGAGAUCAGUGGCGGUAAGUGCCAACUGGUGAAUGUCUUCAUACCAAACGUCAAUGAUCUGCCGGGAGAAAUCAAAGUUCGCUACAGUUUGAAAGAAGCUUGUCCUCCAGGUACAACUUACAUACCGCUGAUUAGAUCUUGCUUGGUCCUGAUAACUCAAAAAAUGUCUUGGUUUGACGCCAGAUUGAGAUGCAACAACAUGCCACUGAAAUUUCAUCCUCUGGUCAUAAAUAGUCCCGAUGUCACAGUGGCUCUUAUUAUUUUCUUGAAUUCGCUAUCUAGUUAG